CCCUAUCCGAUAGGGCUGCAUGUCUGUCACUGAGGCCUUAUCACCUCCACCCCCCUGCUGGGUUGCUCAGCAACCACAGGAGUUGAGGGGCUCGUCUCGGCUAACAGAGCAGCGGUCGUCCUGUUUCCAGUGCUGGAGACAAGGUGGGAGUACCUGCAUGCAGGUGAUGCAUAAAAGUAGCUGAGACUUGAAGGACAGACAUCAACAUCAAUGGAGAACAAUUUCAGUUUUGACGAGGGCAGUGAAGUGUCCUAUGAAGAAAACGACUCAGCCUUCCCCUCCCCAGUGAGACUGAGCAACAUCUAUGUCCCAACCAUGAGGGAGAAAGAGGAGGAGGAGGAGGAGAAUGAGCCCCCCAUGGAGGCCGUUGUCAUCCCCAAUCAUCCAGAGGCUUACAUGAACCUGAACACAAAUGCUACCACAAGAGGAGACGCCCAAGCCUACGUGGAGCUGAAUGAGCUUCAGGGCAGCAACUGGCAAGAGACCGCCCGCUGGGUGGGCUACGAGGAGAACUUCAACUCUGACACAGGAACAUGGAGUCCCUCUCAUGUUUCCUAUCUGACUUUCAAGAGUUUGAUCCAGCUCCGCAAGACCAUGAGCACAGGUGCUAUCAUCUUGGACCUGAACGCCAGCAGUCUGUCCGCUGUGGCUGAGAGAGUGGCUGAUGAGCUUCUGGACAAAAGGGAGAUCCGCUCCAGUGAUCGGGAAGGGCUCCUGAGAGCUCUGCUGAUGAGACGCAGUCAACCUGUGGUGACCGGCUCUGGAGACAUUGAGAUGCAGACCUUUUCUGUAUCCAAGAAGAGAGACACCUCUGACAACAUGGAGGCCUCAAUUGUUCUCUCAGGGGCCCUGGACAUCCUGCAGAAACCAGUGGUGGCUUUUGUGAGGCUCAGAGACUCUGUGGUGAUGGACUCUUCCCUGGAGUCUCCUAUCCCUGUUCGCUUCGUCUAUGUGCUGGUGGGCCCCAGCCAGGGCAGCAUCGACUACAGUGAGAGCGGCCGGGCCAUGGGGGCUCUGAUGGCAGACUGGGUGUUCUGCACAGAGGCCUACUUGGCACAGACUGACAGAGAUUUGACUAAUGCCAUUGCUGACUUCAUGGACUGCAGCAUUGUGAUCCCUCCCACUGAGAUCCAGGAUAAGGGAAUGCUCGAGCCGAUCAUCGACUUCCAGCAGAGGAUGCUGCGCGACAGACUGCGUCCCUGUGACACACGUCUCGCCUUUGGGGACAGAGCCAUAGUCGACAAACCUCCAGAGGAGCCGCGGGAGGACCCUCUGGCCCGUACAGGCUAUCCAUUCGGCGGGAUGAUAAAGGACAUAAAGCGUCGUUAUCGCCACUACAUCAGCGACUACACAGACGCUCUGAACCCUCAGGUCCUCGCUGCCGUCAUCUUCAUCUACUUCGCCGCUCUGUCCCCGGCCAUCACUUUCGGAGGGCUUCUGGCUGACAAAACAGAAAAAAUGAUGGGCGUGUCAGAGCUCAUGGUCUCCACCAGCAUCCAGGGUGUCAUCUUCUGCCUCAUCGCUGCCCAGCCAGUCCUCGUCAUUGGCUUCUCUGGACCUCUUCUGGUGUUUGAAGAAGCCUUCUAUGCUUUCUGCAAGGCCCAGGGCAUUGAGUACAUUGUGGGGCGUAUCUGGGUGGGCAUGUGGCUGAUUGUGAUCGUGAUCGUCAUCGUGGCUGUGGAAGGCAGCUUCCUGGUCAGAUACAUCUCCCGCUUCACUCAGGAAAUCUUCUCCAUCCUCAUUUCGCUCAUCUUCAUCUAUGAGACCUUCAAUAAGCUCAUUAAGAUCUUCAAAGCCCAUCCUCUGAUCCUGAACUACGAACACCUCAACGUCUCAGCGGACAACCCUUUCCAUCCAAUCAUCACGAAGCACGUCGAGUUCCACCAAGGAAAUGAAACAGUUCAUGAGCGGGAGACUGAAAGGGCGUACCCCAACACUGCCCUGCUGUCCAUGUGCCUGAUGUUUGGCUGCUUCUCCAUCGCAUUCUUCCUCCGCAAGUUCAAGACUGGUCAUUACUUCCCAGGGCCGAUUCGUCGGCUGAUUGGAGAUUUCGGCGUCCCCAUUGCCAUUUUCUUCAUGAUUGCUGUGGACAUCUGCAUCGAGGAUGCUUACACUCAGAAACUGGUUGUGCCCAAAGGUGUUGAGGUGACAAACCCCAAAGCCAGAGGCUGGUUCAUUAACCCCAUGGGUGAGAAAAAGGCCUUCCCUAUCUGGAUGAUGGGAGCCUGCUGUGUCCCGGCCCUUCUGGUCUUCAUCCUCAUCUUCCUGGAGUCCCAGAUUACCACGCUGAUUGUGAGCAAACCUGAGAGGAAAAUGGUGAAAGGGUCUGGAUUUCAUUUUGAUCUACUCCUCCUGGUCACCAUGGGGGGCAUUUCCUCUGUUUUUGGGGUCCCCUGGCUGAGUGCUGCCACCGUGCGAUCCGUCACCCACGCCAACGCUCUCACUGUCAUGACUAAGGGCGUAAAACCUGAGAUUGAGAAGGUGAUAGAGCAGAGGAUCAGUGGUAUUCUCGUGGCCAUCAUGGUUGGUGUUUCUAUUUUCAUGGAGCCCAUCCUGAAGAUGAUUCCCAUGACGGCCCUGUUCGGUAUUUUCCUCUACAUGGGUAUCACCUCUCUGAGUGGAAUCCAGAUGUGGGACCGAAUGCUCCUGUUGAUCACACCAAAGAAGUACCACCCCUCUGACGCCUACGCCACCAGGGUGGGUACAUUGCGGAUGCAUCUCUUCACUUUCAUCCAGCUCUUCUGCCUGGCCAUCCUCUGGGUGGUGAAGAUCAGUCCCUUCUCUCUGGCUCUGCCUUUUGUCCUCAUUCUCACCGUCCCUCUGCGAAUGGCCAUGACCGGCACGCUCUUCACUAGAAUGGAGAUGAAAUGUCUGGAUGCAGAUGAUGCCAAAGUGGUGCUGGAGGAGGACAAUGAGGCUGUGUAAUCAACAUUAAGAGCACCGUAUCAUUCCCUUUUUUAUUAUUAUUUUACCAACUUUCAACUGAACUCAAACAACCAGUAGAUGAAAUGUGUUUUUAAAAAUCUGUCUUUGAAAUUUGUGGCCAUCCACCUACACAGAUUGUAUCUUUAAAAGAAGAAUACCUCUCAAAUCUAAUGUUCAGUCAGUCAUUCUGUGGGUGAGCACUCUCAUUUUUCACAUUCCAGACUCUUAAUCAUCUUCUUCAUGGAAUAAGAUUGCUCUUCACUUUUAUUCCUUCCUUCAGGCUUGAAAUUAUUUCCCUUCAUAUGCAGGAUAAAUGUAUUUAAAGUGUAGUUGUUUCUUUUAGUGUUUAUUAGUACACAGUAUAGCUUUAAAGUGCCUGACAUUGAGUCUAAUGUAGCUCUGGCCAUGUUACAAUCACUUCCUCCUGAUCCAAUUUUUACUAUUUAAAUUAACAAAAUAUAAUCUCUUUGAAUUUUUUCACACGUACAGAUUAUGUUUUGUUAAAAUGGGAUUAUCACACCACUUUCCUCCACACACAGAAGCCUUUGUUUAUUCUCAAACUAUGUUUUAAAAUGUGUUGCUCUAGUUUGCCUCAUUUGACAUAUUGUGUAUGGUUCCCUGAACAAUCGGGUCUUUUCUGUUGAGUUGACCUGUUUAGAACAUGUAUAGAAUUAUUAUGUGUAUUGACUUUUAUCUGAUUGUGUGUGUAUUUGCUUUGUUCUCAAAUAGUAUGAGCAGUAGUUAGUAGAUAGUGGAUGACUUGAUAUACUUGUUUUUGGCUGAUUGUUAUGAUAUAAUCUGGAAAAAAGACUCAUUUGUAAAUGUAUCUUUUGUCUUUUGUGUUGCCUGGCAUGUCUCUGUACAUGCUGGGAAUUUCCACUUAAUUUAAAAUAAAAAC